AUGCCAUCUCCCAGUAAGAGGGCCCGUCGGCCACGUCGAGAGUCAUUGAAUGAGGUUGAUAUUCCAGACUCCUCACCUUCUCGCCCUGCCAAGAGAAGAAAGAAGACUGAAGAAAUUAAGACCGAUCUUCCAAUCUCGAAUCAACUUUCCCCAGAAGAAUCUGCACCUACAAUGGACGACAAGGAAGCAAUCAUCUCAAGGGUCACUCAACAUCUGGGGUUACCUGGUCUCGUACAAGUUAGCCAAGAUCAUGCGGACGAGAAACAUACGAUAGAGAGCAGAGGAGGAAUUUCUGCGUUCGCAAAGUUGGCUGGAAAGGGCUGGGCUUACUAUAUCAAGGACCUGAACAAUGUUGUUGGACGCAACCCCGCUGAUGGUCAAGAUGAAGGACCUGUUUUCGAUGUCCAUAUUGAUCUUGGUCCAAGCAAGAUGAUUUCGCGACAACAUGCUUCAAUUCAUUUCAAUGAUGGCUGGCGAAUUCGAGUCAUUGGUCGCAAUGGAGUCAAGGUUGACUAUACGACAUUUCGCCGUGGUGAAACGACAGAAUUGCACAGUGGAGCUAUUAUCGAUAUAUCGGGUGUUGAGAUGAUGUUUGUUUUACCUGAAGGUAGUCUCAAGAUUGAUUCGAGAGUCCUACAAAGAACUGAGUUGGUUGCGGAUGUGGAUACGGAUGAUGCUCGGAAACAUAAAGACUCAACCCCUGAUGUCCUUCCACCACCCCCCUCAACUAAUGGAAUUCGAGGUCAGAACGGAGCUCCACAACCAAUUGCCCCAGCCCCACCUAAUUACCAACGCCCUGGUACUCCUGCCGCUUCUCGAAUCAGGAUUCCGGGUUCUACCAAGAGAUCGCCUCCUGGAUACUCGGCUGGUGGCACCAUGGUCAUGAAUGAUGCUGAAAAUGUCGACCUCAGCGAUGAUGCCAAUUGUCAUAUCAAGCCAGGUUACAGUUAUGGUCAAAUGAUUGCGCAAGCAAUUAUUUCUACGCCAGGUGAAACGUUAGCACUGAAUGGCAUCUACCAAUAUAUCAUGGCGAAAUACGCUUAUUACAGACAUCAACCGCCCAACGGUUGGCAGAACUCUAUCCGCCACAACUUGUCACUGAGCAAAUCUUAUGAGAAGACGCCACGUGAAAAGCACGAGCCGGGAAAGGGAAUGAAGUGGGUGAUCAAGACAGAGUGCUAUGAGGCAACAAAAGCGCUCGCAUAUCAACCUGCUGGUAGAGGUGGCCACCGAGGAUCUUCACAGCCAGGAUCGCCAAUUACAACUGCUGGUCGAGGUAUCAAAGAUGAAUUCAACCCGGGCUCUGUCAUCAAGGAGAAGCGAUCUCCAAGUUCAGCCUCACCACGUUUGAAUUCGUACCGAUCCAGAGCACCACAAUUUACCCCCGACCGUGCGCCACGAAUUCAGAUUUUGCAGGAGGACUUUCCGGACGAUGGAAGUCCACUACCCCGACACCGACGAGCUCAGAAUGGCACGCUUGGUCUAUCUGAUAAUAUUCCUGGUUCUCCAACCAUUGUUUCGUCUUCCUACCAACAAGAUGAAGGUACCACAUUCGUCACGCCAGCUCCUCAUCGGGUUCAUCCUCAUUUAGCACCACCAAGUACUGCACAGCGACCAAGCCAGCAUAUGCCAACGAGCUCCCCAGCUCCCUUUUGGAAGUUCGUUGGGAUAACUCCCCUUCGAGCAUUUGGUGGUUAUGACACCAGUCCCAUCAAAGGGUACAAAUCUAGUGUUCUUCCCAGCAGCAGUCCACCUCCAAUGCGACGAGGUUCCGCUAUGAGCCCUACUAGAAAUGGUCCUCCAGAAAAGCUUCAGAUUCUAAAUAUUGGAUUUGAAAUGGAGGAAGAAGCAGGUUUCGAUCUUGCAAGGGGCUUCCAAAGUAUUGGAUCUUAUCACGCACCCAUUGCAAAUUCCGUUGCACCCGGUGCAUCUGAAUCUAACCUUGCGACUCAGCCUUAA